GUUACUGUAACAAGUUGUUAAGAACCGUCAGUCCACCGAGUGUCUCCUCCUCCCCCCGCCCGGAAUCGAGCACUCGGCCCCCCCUAGCGGCGGCGCUGUAGGCCCACGGAGCCUCACAGCGACGCUGUCCGUCCCCGCAGCCGGACUGAAGUUGUCUCCGCUCGGGGGAACGAGCCGUCGGGACACGCGGAGACAUGAGGCGGAGACAGAAGAGGCUGCUGCAGGUCGCCGGGCUGCUCGUGGCGGCUUUCCUCUUCCUCCCGAACGUGGGCCUGUGGUCCCUGUACCGGGACCGGGUCUUCGACAACUCGCCUGACGCGGCGGACGGUCCGGGCGGCAUCAACCCGAUCCAGGUGAGCCGGGUGGGGAAGGACGCUCAGGUGGGAAAAAACGGCGUUCAGAAGAAAGACUGGCACGAUUAUGAAAGGAUCAGCAGAGACGCGUCUCGAUCUGGUAACGGUGAGCAGGGGAAACCGUUUCCUCUGACAGACGCUGACAGAGUGGACCAGGCCUACAGGGAGAACGGCUUCAACAUCUUUGUCAGCGACAGGAUCUCGUUAAACCGCUCCGUCCCGGACAUCCGCCAUCCAAACUGCAAACAGAAGCUGUACGCAGAGAGGCUGCCCAACACCAGCAUCAUCAUCCCGUUUCACAACGAGGGCUGGUCGUCGCUGCUGAGGACGGUCCACAGCGUGCUCAACCGCUCGCCUCCACAGCUCAUCGCAGAGAUCGUCCUGGUCGACGACUUCAGCGACAAAGAGCACCUUAAGGCGGCGCUGGAGGAGUACAUGGUGCAGUUGCCGAAGGUUCGCAUCUUAAGGACCAAGAAGAGGGAGGGUCUGAUCAGGACCCGGCUGCUCGGGGCCUCCAUGGCUAAAGGCGAGGUCAUCACCUUCCUGGACUCUCACUGCGAGGCCAACAUCAACUGGCUGCCUCCUCUGCUGGACCGGAUCGCCCAGAACAGGAAGACCAUCGUGUGUCCAAUGAUCGACGUUAUUGACCAUGACAACUUUGGCUACGAGACGCAGGCGGGGGACGCCAUGCGAGGGGCGUUCGACUGGGAAAUGUACUACAAACGCAUCCCGAUCCCCGCGGAGCUGCAGAAGGAUGACCCCAGUGAACCGUUCGAGUCUCCGGUGAUGGCAGGUGGGCUGUUUGCUGUGGACAGGAAGUGGUUCUGGGAGCUGGGAGGAUACGACACUGGUCUGGAGAUUUGGGGAGGAGAGCAGUACGAGAUUUCUUUUAAGGUGUGGAUGUGUGGAGGACGGAUGGAGGACAUCCCCUGCUCACGGGUGGGACACAUCUACAGGAAGUAUGUCCCCUACAAAGUUCCAGGGGGGGUCAGUCUGGCUCGGAACCUGAAGCGGGUCGCAGAGGUCUGGAUGGACGAGUACGCCGAGUACAUCUACCAGCGCCGGCCCGAGUACCGCCACAUCUCUGCAGGAGACACGAUGACGCAGAAGGAGCUGCGCAGCCGGCUGAACUGCAACAACUUCAAGUGGUUCAUGCAGGAGGUGGCCUGGGACCUGCCCAAACACUACCCACCGGUGGAGCCUCCUGCGGCCGCGUGGGGGGAGGUCCGUAACGUGGGAAACGGGUUGUGUAUGGAGAGCAAACACUUUGCGUCGGGGAGUCCCAUCCGGCUGGAGAACUGCAUCAAGAACGGGCUGGACGUCAGCUGGGGCCAUGGACAGAUCUUCACGUUCGGCUGGAGGGAGGACAUCCGGGUCGGAGACCCCAUGCACGCCAAAAAAGUUUGUUUUGACGCCGUUUCCCACAGCAGCCCCGUCACGCUGUACGACUGCCACGGCAUGAAGGGCAACCAGCUGUGGCGCUACAGGAAGGACAGAAGCCUGUUCCACCCGGUCAGCAGCAGCUGUGUGGACAGCAGCCUGAGCGAGCGCCGGGUCUUCAUGAACACCUGCGACCCCUCCUCCCCCAGCCAGCAGUGGCAGUUCGAGAGGACCAACUCCACCGUCCUGGACCAGUUCAACCGCGGCUCCGUCUGAGGCCGCCCGCAGCUGGAGUCAGGACUCGUGCUGCUG